AGUCCACAACAAUUGCUCCGUUACAGAAAAUGAUUUGUGAUUUACUGCAUGAAAAGAGCUUAUUUCUAGUUUUAGAUGAUGUUUGGAAUGAGAACGUAUGGAUUGAUUUAGUUAAAAAUUCAAUUGAAGGAACUACAAAAAAAUGUAGGGUCUUGGUGACCACAAGAGAUAUAAGUAUAGCUAAAAAAAUGAGGGCAACAUAUAUCCACCCUGUCAACAAACUGUCUACGGAUGUUGGUUGGGAAUUGCUAUGCAAAAAAGUUUUCACAAACAAUAAUACACAAGAUAUGCAGAGACUGAAGGAUAUUGGGAUGAAAAUCGUUGAAAAAUGUGAUGGUCUUCCGGUAGCAAUAAAAGCCAUUGCUGGUCUUCUUAUAACAAAAAGCCAAAAUAAAAAAGACUGGGAGAAUGUGCUUAAAAGCGAUGCUUGGACUAUUAAAGGACUCCCAGAAGAGCUCCAAGGAGCAUUAUACUUGAGUUAUGAAGCCUUACCUUCAGCUCUUAAACAUUGUUUUCUCUAUUGUGCCCUUUACCCCCGUGGACAUGAAUUUUCUUUAGAAGAUCUUGUUUGCCAUUGGAUUGCAGAAGGUUAUAUUGAAGCAAAGGGAAAUGCAUCAAUGGAGGAUGUUGCGAAAAGCUAUUACAUGGAGUUAAUUUGUAGGAGUUUCUUACAACCUAACCCUCAGUAUGCAGAUAUGUCGAUUUGCACAAUUCAUGAUUUGUUGCGAGCACUAGCUGAGUUUUUCGCAGGUGAUGAAAGUUUUUUAGGUGAUCCACAAGAAGUACAAAGCAUUGAAUCAAUGAAAAAACUACGCCGUUUGACAGUUACAAGUAAUAGGGAAAGUGUGAAUAUUCCACAUCUUCAUUGCCUAAGAAGCUUGAGGUUAUGGACUCCUCCAAGUUUGAACACACAAGUGAUUGGCAACUUAAAACAUUUGCGUUUAUUAUUUCUCAAUGGAGGCAUGAUUGAGAAUAUUCCGGACAGUAUUGGGGAUUUAGUGCACUUGAGGCUUUUGGAUCUAGAGGGUACAUGCAUUCAUAACCUACCGGAUUCUCUGGGAAAUCUCAUUAAUUUGCAAUUCUUGUUGCUUAAUGAUUGCGAGUUUUUGCAUAUCAUUCCAAAAAGCAUAACUAAGCUCUACAAUUUGAGGUGGCUUCGGCUUUACAACACUCCUUUGAAUUAUGUGCCAAAGGGAAUAGGCAAGUUGGAACACCUUCAUUAUGUGAAAGGAUUGACCAUCGGAAAUAGUGGUGAUGAUGGAGAAGAGGGAUGCAACUCAGAAGAGCUACAAAUGCUUGAAAAACUCAGUUACCUUUCUGUAAGAAACUUGGAGAAAUUAAGCGACAAAAGUUCUUCGAUACUGUCAAGCAAGAUUCACCUCAGAGAACUAAGGCUUUGUUGCACACCUAAUUACACUAAUGAGCAUAUUCAACAGCAAGAGAUGGACAAGAUUGUGCAAGUCUUUGAUGAGCUGUGUCCACCUCCAUGCCUUGAAAAGCUACUGAUUGACAGCUUUUUUGGUGGUCGAUAUCCAAAGUGGAUGUUGUCAUCGACUUCUAUUACUACUGCUCUUCAAGAGUUGAUUUAUUUGGCCUUAACCAAUUGCUCAAAUUGCCCUCAUCUUCCCCAACUUGGCCAACUUCCCCAGCUCAAGUAUCUGAGGAUAGAAGGAGCAGCUGCAGUAGUAUCAAUUGGUCCUGAAUUUCUCGGUAUAAAAUAUAAUGGAGAACCUACAGAAAUUGCCUUCCCUAAGCUUGAAACCCUACUAUUCAUUAACAUGAGUAAUUGGGAGGAAUGGUCAUUGAUCAGUGGGAGAAGAAGAAGAAGACAACGAGCCUGAAUCUAGCAAGCCAUUAAUGUUCUUCCCCAGCUGAAAGCUCUUCCAAGAGGCUUGAAUCUGGCUAACAUCCAAAAAUUCCAAAUUAUAGAAGCUCACAGUCUUUCAAGGAUCUCUCAUCUCCCUGCCUUGAAAGAACUGGCAGUCGCUGAUUGCCCAAUGCUGGAGGGUGUAGAGAAGCUUGAGUCUCUGCAAAGCUUGGAGGUGUUUGAUUUUGAAGAGGACAACACUAGUCUCCCUCAGUGGCUCGUCUCUUUCCUCCAACAACGUGAAGAAAAGCCUCAUGAGGAUGAUCUAUUCAAGUUGCAUUUGGAGUGCAGUGCCCAAGCAGUACUAAAGGGAUGUUUGAAAGGGCAUCCACACUGGUCGUUCAUCCAGCAAGUACCACGCUUCAUAGGCUACGCAAAGAAGAAAAGCAUGUAUUUGAAGUACACCAAAGAACCAUAUUACUAUGAAACCAACAUCGAUCACUGAUGAGGAUUAGGAUGAUGAAAUCCUUUAUUUGAAUUAGAUCACCACCGAAAAAUGACAUGCGGACAUCCAUUACUGGCAAAACAAUAUGUGACUUGAUCAUGACUCAAUUGUAUGAUACUUUGAUGGUUUCAACUUAAUUGAAAUAAUGGGCAAGAUUUAUACGAAGAGGCCUGACAUGUUUGGGGGGGUUUCUUUAAUUCCUUCUCCAUGCUUUCUUUAAUUUCCAUGGGACUUGAGCUUGAAUCCACAUCUACUUGACUUGGGAGUAUAUAUGUUACUACUCUGAUGAAGCUCUCUGGAGGAGGAAUGUUCUUGUUUCUUUAGUAUAUUGGCUGAUUUAAUUAUAUGAUGUGCAAUUAUGCAUACAUGCAAGGAAUGGUCCGAUUGAUCGAUUCCUCACCUACAAUUCAAUUUGAUAAAGAGGAUUCUUAGGACAAUUUUAUGUCUGAUUGGUGGCUUAAUCAUGCAGAUAAGAAAGCUGGGGUGAAAUUAAUUUCAACUUGUUGAAUGAGAUGUGGACAUGAAUAUUGAAUGGCCUAACUCUGGUGGACAUAUACAACAUCAUAAGAAGUAUCAUGACUCAAGUCCACUUCCAUUCGAAUCACAGUGCCCAUUGCACUCUAUCAGUGUUUCUAAGCCUCCAGCAAGUACCUGUUUUGUAGUCUAUGCAGAGGACGGGAGCAUGCAAUUUAAGUACACCAAGCAAAAUUUUUCUAUCAAACCAAUCUUGACGAAAAUAUAGCAAUUGAGAGCUAGGAUGAAGUUAGGCUGAUCAACUUGCUGAAUGAGAUGUGGACAUGUAUAAUGACUGGCUUAACUCUGGUGGACAUAUACAACAAUAUAAGAAGUCUAUAUACAACAAUAUAAGAAGCCUCGUGAGGAUGAAUUGCACUUAAGCACUGAAUCAUUGUUUGCAAGGGUGUCCAUACUGAUUGCUCCUCCAGCAAGUACCCCAUUUUGUAGCCUAUGCAGAGGACGGAAGCAUGUGUUUUAAGUACACUAAGAAACCAUUUUCUUGUCAAACCAUCAUUGUUGAAGAUAUACCAACUAGGCAUGCGGUUUGACAGUACAAAUUACUUGAGUUGAUGGUUUAUGUGGAGAAAUUCAUGUCCAUUCAGAGUACAAAAAUUAAUCCUUGGUCUUGGUAACAGCUUAAUUUACACCAUGAAUUUAGGACA